AUGUGUGUAUGUGUGCAGGCGAGCGACCUCCAGUGGAGCCGCGACGUGGCCGCCGAGGUGUUGCUGCAGGACAACCCUCUGCGUCGUGUCACCCUCUCCCGCACCGAGCACGACACCGCGCUCGCCGCACCCCCCACAUCGCACGUAACGAAAUUCAAAUCGGACGCGACGUUCGAGUGCGACUGUCUCCUGUACUGGGCGGCGCGGCUCGUGCGAGAGCGCCCCGACCUCCCCAUCCGCCAGGCGCGCUGCUCCGACGGACGCGACCUCCUCCGCGUCCCCCUCCCCGACCUCGUCUGCGUCCUCGACCCUCCCCACUGCGCCCCCCGCUGCCGCUGCGCCCUCCUCGGACAAGACCUGCGCGUCGACUGCGCCGGCGCCGGCCUCGCGCACCCCCCGCGCCCCCCGCCCGACACCCCGCCCCCCGCGCAGCUCCUGCUCGCCAACAACUCCAUCGCCACGCUGCGUCCCGACGACUUCGGCCCCGAGCUGCGUCUCCUCGACCUCAGCCACAACCUCAUCUCUGAGCUGGACGCGGAGACCGCGGCCGCAUUGCUCGCGCCGGCCGAGCGCAGCGUGCUCCUCGCCCGCAACCCGCUGGCGUGUCGCUGCGGGGACGCGCUGCCCGCCGCGCUGCACGCCCACAGCGCGCGAGUGCCCGACUUCGGCGAGCUGAGGUGCGCGGACGGGCGGCGGCUGGCCGAGCUGCGCCCCGGCGAGCCCUGUCUCACGCCGACGUCGCUGGCGGCGCUGGGCGCUGCGGGCGGCGCGCUGCUGCUGGCCGCCGCGGCGCUGGGCGCGGGCCUGGUGCGCCGCCCCGUGCGCCUCGCCCUCAAGCGCUUCCUCCUCGAGCGCGGCCUGUGUCUGCGCUGGGCGAUGCGCGAGGCGGCCGCGCCCGACGACCGCCGGUACCGCUACGACGUGUUCGUGUCGUUCUCGCACCGCGACGAGAGGUUCGUGACGGAGCGGCUGGUGCCGGGGCUGGAGGAGGGCCCGCGCGCCUACCGCCUGUGUCUGCACUACCGCGACUGGGCGCCCGGCGAGUGGAUCCCGGCGCAGAUCGCGCGCUCGGUGCGCGAGUCGCGGCGCACGCUGCUCGUCGUGUCCUCGGAGUGGGCGCGCUCGACGUGGGCGCAGGCCGAGUUCCGCGCCGCCUACGCGCUCGCGCUGGCCGACGCGCGCCCUCGCCUCGUGCUGCUGCUGCUGGAGGACCCGGCGGCGCUGCGAGACCUGGACCCCGACGUGCGGGCCUUCCUCGACGCCAACACCUACCUGCGCUGGGACGAUCCCUGGUUCUGGCGAAAGCUUCGGCACGCGCUCCCGCGCGGGAACACCUCCACACGCAGCGAGGACGGCGCGCCGCCAGACCCCGCUGCACAUGCGCCCGUCGCGCCCCCUGCGACCACUGCACCCCCCGCGCCCACUGCACCCACUGCACCCACUGCACCCCCCGCGCCCACCGCCGCGCCGCACACGGCGCCGGUAGCCUGA